AGAGAGAGAGAGAGAGAGAGAGAGAUUGUAUAUAAGGAUAGAGAGGCUUGUAAAUUGCGAGAGAUGUGGUUGGGUGGGUCACGCCCCUUUUUCAUAUAUUUUCGGAUUUGUCUAAUGAAGUUGUAUUCGUGAACGAACUUUAUCAAUAAGACCACGCCUUUAACACCAACUUAACCAUUCUGCGAUAAACUCGAUGCCAGAGAACCACAUAAAUACGCCUUCUUUACACAUUUUUGUUUGUUUCUUUUGUUGUUGUUUUGUUUAACAUCUCUACGUUCACUAUCUUAAGAAACCCAGGUGCAUAAUAAAUAGUAGGAAAAUCUAACAAACGAAAAAGAAAAAAAAUAAUAAAAAUCAGGUAAUGAAGUAUUCCCCCGAUUGAAUUACCGAAAGAUUAGUGAAUGGGUGUGUAGUCAGACUCUGCUGUCUACGAUAAACACAAGAUUUAGACAGUGAAAUAACAUAAACAAACAUAGAAUGAAACACGUGUUUAUACGUGGGUUAUACGAAUGAUUGGAAGAGAAACACUUGUGUGAGUACGAUGUGAAUGGCUUGUGGAAACUGGUGAAGGCUUCAGUCAGCCAAUAUUAGGCGCGAUAUAAAUGCGAAUUCUUUUCUUUAUAGGAGCACAUAAAAACUACUAGGAAAAACGGCAAAUUAUAUAAACACGUUACAGAGAGUCACUGAAGAAAUUUCGGUAACAGAAGACAGAACUGAGACAGCGUGAAAGGAAAUAUGAAAAUAAAAAUAUUAAAAAAAAAAAAGAACUAAAUUAGGUUAACUACCUCAGAUCCAAAAAUACGAUGUUGUUAAUGCAGAAGGUAUCAUAUUUGACUUAUGCCUACCUUUUGCUCUCACUACUUAGUAGAUUUUGAUCAUCCUAAAUAACUGCCAUUAUUUAAGAGAUUUACAACUGAGAAACGUCCAGGAUUAUUUAUUGCCACAAAUAUGUCACCACCCCGUUGUCAUCAACAUCUAAAAUUCACCCGCUUUUUACCUGUUUCAUGCCAUCUGGCUAUUCUACUGUGGAUCUGUUUCGUUGUCGUCUGCCUUUCAAAUCAAACAAACGCCUGUAUACUUUUGUUAAACGGCUGGGAAGCAGCUCCACUGAGAGAAAGAGUUGAUCUGGCUGAAGUAGUUGUAAGCGGACGUGUUGAAGCUGCCUACAAAUUGAAUCGCACAAAAUCUGGGACAUACAGUGCUGAUGUAAGGAUCUUAACUGUAUACAAAGGAGAAGAUUACCUGAAAAAUGUAUCGAAAACGCUUUCUCAGACAUCAAAUCUUAAUUCCACUUACCUAAUAAGUAAUUUUGGUGAGCAAAUCUCUUGCUACGCGGAUGUGGAUUCUGGCAAGAAAUACAUUUUUUUCCUGACAGUAUAUGAAGGUCACCUGUCUGGUAAAUAUGAUGAUAUUUUCGGUGCUGCCGAUAAAUUUUCCGAAGAAUUGGACGCAAAGAUUAUGAAAAUACUCGGUUGGCAAUCAUGGAGUGCUUGGAGUUCGUGCAGAAGGAAUUGCGAUGGAGGAAUACAAGUCCGGAAGCGUCGCUGUUUUAAUUCGACUUCAUCAAAUUGCAAAGGUGUAAUGAAAGACUUUCGACAUUGUAACACGUUUCCUUGUGAAGGUGUCAACAAUUUGUUAAAACUUUUUCGUAUAAAUAAUGCCAAGAACCAAAAGAUAAAUUCUAAGAAGCCUUCCAGACUUUUUACCGUAAUUCCUGGGAAAUCUUCUCAACGGCAGCUGUCAACUCUAUUUCCAUCAGGCUUUCCACACGACUUUUCUCUCUUUGUCACAGCGAAGUUCUCCUCCAACAGUAAUGGUUAUGUAUUAGCCUUAACUGAUUCUUCCAACAAAGUCUUACUAGGAAUUUGGUUCGGGACUAAACUCCUAAGAAUUGAACACAGAGAAUUGACGUCGCAUAGCACAGAGACAGAGACAGCUAUUUUCCAUGUAGACCUAUUAAAUCAACGAUGGCACCAAUUCUCCUUGAGUCUGAAGGGAAAUUCUGUGACAUUGUAUUUCGAUUGUACUCACGAGCAUUCUCAUACACUUAUUCGAUCAAGAAGGGCUUAUGUCGGAAACAAUCUCACACUUUCUAUUGGGGCAAAUGUUACAUGCAAGAAUUCUUCCUUCGAAUGGAAUCGAUCUCCAAUACUGGCUCGUUUCCUGUUUAGCUACUUUAUUUCAUUCCUCCUCAUAUCAAACUUGUUUCCGCCACAUAACACGGAACUGGAAUCUUCAAUGAUAAAUGAUGAUGCCACUUCUAAAGUCUCACUUACAGACAGACAAGUUAUAACGACAACAGAACAUAACUUUCUACCUUCUCUGCCAGCUAAGAAGGAACAAUCAGUUGCUGACAAAUGCCCAACAUUGUGCUUUAACGGUGGAAAAUGUAUCGCAACCAGAACAAACAGCACAGUUUGCUUGUGUCCAGAGAGAUAUUUUGGCGAUCGGUGUCAAAACGCUUCUUGUUCUCCUGGUUGCUUCAAUGGAGGAGAAUGUGUAGAAGUCGGGAAAUGCCGCUGUUUAGAUGGCUACCAAGGAGAGUUAUGUGAGCAAGCAAUCUGUGAAUUUCCUUGCAAGAAUGGUGGACAAUGUGUUCGGCCAAAUUUGUGUAAAUGCACUUCCAAUUACUCUGGCAUGGACUGCUCACACCCAUUAUGUGAUCGAGGCUGUUCCCAUGGCGGUGUCUGUGUCGCUGCUAAUCUUUGUUCUUGCCGCCAGGGUUACACGGGAAGAUACUGUGAUACACCAAUCUGCUCUCGUCGAUGCCAAAACGGUGGCACUUGUAUUUUCCCCCAGCAAUGUAAAUGUCUACCCAAUACAUCUGGAUUGUUCUGUGAAAAAUUCGUUGGACGAAUUGAAAACCCAUUUAAACAGUGUGAAUUAGUUAAUAUCAAGACCCUGAAGCGGAUUAGCGGAUUCGAAUGA